AUGCGGAAGGCGGCGGGACAAGCGCCUCGUUCCCGGGUUGAGGGGAAUUCCUCCCCCGCUGCCCUGCGCCAGGGUCCGGGGAGCGCGGAAGCAGAUGACGCAGUUGCCGCGGAUGGCGGGGAGGCUCCGCGACUUAGGCAGGCGGAACCCGGCGGAGGGCGGGAGGGUAGCGGCGGGGACUAUGGCGCAGCGAAUGGCGGAAUUAUGUACGGCGACGAGGGUUACGGCGCAACUGGCGGAGGGGGGUAUGGCGGAGGCGGCGGGUUUCCGCCUGAGGCUCUUUACGGACGGGGAUACGGGGGAGGGGGAGCUGGCGGGUACGGGGACGGGGAAGAUGGCUGGGGGUACGGCAGAGGGUACGAUGGCGGAAGCUACGGGGGAGGAUACGGGGGAAGCAUGGAGGCAGGGGGCGGUCAUGGCAGAGCAAUGGGGGCGGAAUGGGGAUAUGCGGAAGGAAGUGGAUGGGGGCCGAGGGCGGAAGGGGGAGCUCAUGGGGGCAUCGCGGGGCACGGUGGGGAAGGCAUGGGGGACCCUCUGCGCCGUCGAGGGAAUGGGGGGAUGGGGCAGGCCCAAGGGGAAGGCGGGGAGGCGGAGGAGAAGGGGAAGAAGGGCGGAGGCUGGUGGCGGUUGUUUGGGGGAAGUAAGGCCGGAACGGGGGAGAAAGGCGGGGAUGUGGGGCGAGGCGAACAAGAAAGGUGGGAGGAAGGUGCGGGGGAUGGGGGGGAAGCGCGGCAGCAAUGGGGCGUGGAGGGGUAUGGGGGCUAUCCCUCGGGCAUGAGAGGGGGGGAGGGGGAGUGGGGGGGGUAUGGCAUGUAUGGAGGGGGUGGGUACGGCACACAUGGGGGAGGGGGUGGUGAGAUGUACGGGACAGGGGGGUAUGGGGCAUGGGGAUAUGGGGAAGGUGGAUAUGGGGAAGGGGAAUAUGGGGCAGGGGUGCAUGUGGCAGGGGGUUAUGGCAUCGUUGUGAGGGGAGAGGACGGAAUGGGAGCCAAUGGGUUGGCAGAGCCGGGUGCUCCUCACGGCCCUGCUGCUGCUGGUACUGGUGGGGGGGCGGAGCAGCCAAGAGGGUCAAGCGCGGGGGAUGCAGGAGAGGGAGAUGGGGGCGCAGCAGUGGCCGGCCAGGAGAGGGAGGGGAGUGGGGGCAGCAGAGGGGCGCUGGCAGGGACGGCGAGAGCAGGGGCGGAGACACAGACGGCGAGGGCGGUAGGGAUGGUAGGGGUGGCAGGGGUGGCAGGGGCAGGUGUGGCAGUGGAGGGCGUGAUGACCACAGGGCUGACUACAGCCGGGUUCAAGGUGCGGCGGGGGGGGCGGCCUGUGGUGCAUGGCAGGGCGUCGGGGUACGACGAGGACGAGGCGUGGAGCCCUGGAGGCAAUCGCAGUGGGGCGCCGGGGUGGGGGGUUGAGGAGAGAGCGAGUGUUAAGGGAGGGGACGGGAGUGUGGAGGGGGGGGAAGCAGGGAGUGAAGAAGGGGAGGAGGACGGGGGGGAUGGGAACGAAGGGAGUGGGGAAUCAGGAGGGGAGGGGAGUGUUGGUUCAGCAGAAGUGGAGGAUGAGGAGGGCAGCAAAGGGGAGGAGGGAAGCAGAGAGGGCAGCGAUGGUGCAUCAGAGGGGGAGGCGAGGGAAGGCGAGAGGGCAGGGGAGUCACAGCAGGAGUGGGGGUCUGAAGCCUCGUGGGGGCAGUACCCCUCUCCCGCGCCUCACCACUAUGCACGGCCCCACCCGGCCUUCCUGCACUUCCAGCACCCCUGGGAGCACCAACGCCCCAACGAUCCCUGGCAGGCACAUGGGGGGCAGGCGCAUGGCAGCCACCCCUCGCCUGCAACGCACGGGUCGCACGCACACGACCCCUGGCAGCAGCACGGCGCACACUCACAUGCCGCCCAGGGGACUUACCCUGCCGCACACCACCCCCUCCCUGCCGCUGCUGCUGCUGCUGCCCCUGCCUCUGCGUCGCACAGCCCCCUCACAGGUAGCCCUGGACUGCGUGGCCCCCCACAUGCCCUGCAGCCCCCUCAAGGCACUGCAGCAGGGGCGGCAGGGGCAUGGGGAGGGGCAGGGGUUGGGGCAUGGGGAGGGGGAUGGGGAGGAGCAGGGGGGUGGGGAUGGGGAGGCGCAGGAGGGGAUUUACUGGGAGGCGUGCAUGCGUUGAGAGGAGGGCCGGGGGGAGGCAGGGGAGGGGCUCCUGGCAGCAGGGGGUUGCGUCGGGGGAGACAGGCCGGAGGGGGGAACGAGAAGGAUUCAGGGAGCGACAGGGGCGAGGGAGAGGGGAGAAGCGGAGCAGCGGAGAGGAAGGGCAGGGGCAGCAGGGCGUGCUCUCCGGAGUUAGGAGGCGCCGAGGGGAGGAGGCGGCGAGCAGGCAAGGCAGGGUGGUGGGCCGUGCAGUGGCAGCUGUGGCGGCUGCAGCCUCGGCGCUCCCUGCUGCUGCAGGGCGCCCUGGCAGCGUUGGCGCUGCUGCUGCUCGCUGGGACGCUUGCCCCCCUUGCUGCCUUGUGGGCACAGGGAGGGGGGGGUGAGGGAGGUGGGGAGCAGGGAGAGGGGGAGGGGGGAGUGAGGCUGGGGGAGAUGAGGACGUGGGGAGGGGACGGGAGAAGGGAACAGGGGUUGGGGAUGCUGGCAGGGAGGCACAGGUGGGGGAGAGGGGGAAGGAGGGGCGAUUGGGGUAAGGGUUUGCCUCGAGUGGCGCUGGGGGGUGCUGGGGGAGUGAGUGCAGCGGGGCGGCGAGGCACGGACGUGUAUGAAGCGAGCAGUGAGAGUGAGCGGAUGGGCGAGUGGGACGAGCAGCUGGGGCUAGAGGUGGAUGUGGCCACGUCAGCACCGCACCUGCACAGUGACAGUCUCACGGGCGGUGGGGAGGUGAGUGGCGGGUCAUCAUUGCAGGGCCCAUCAGGGGCGGCACCGCAGUGGUACGUGGCGGUGCACGUCACCCACGCCAUGCAGACGUGGCCUCGCCUCGACUUCUCCCUCUCCCACGCCUUCCAGUGGUUGGAGUUGGCGCGCUACAGCGGCGUGGCGCACGUGUUUUGGUACGACAUGGCGGAAGACCCCAGGGACCGCAUGGAGGCGGCGUUGGAGCGGUACGAGGGGGACGGCUUCGUCACGUACCACCACUUCCCCUCGCUCGCACCUUCCCUGCCCGUCAACCGCGAGGCCAGCCCCCGCGACCAGGCGCUGCACCACUGCCUCACACACCACGGCAGUGCCGCUGUCUGGCUGCUGCCGCUCACCCCGGUGGACUACCUCACUGUGCCGCCCGACAUCAAGCCGGGCUUCGCCGACCGCUUCCUGCGUGCCUACGAGGCCCGCCGCCCCUCCGCGUCCCAGCUGCUGCUGCAAACCUUCCUCUUCCUCGGCAACCCCCCCCAGAACGCCUCCGCUCUCCUCAUCCAGCGCUACGAGCGCCGCACCAACCACUCCGACGGCGUGUCCCUCAGUCCUCAGGCUCGGGUCGUGCCUGUGGUUCGGCCGAACCUGGUGGCUCGGGUGCUGUGGCACAACCCGAGUCACCUGCUCAUGACAGGUGGCAGCACCAUGGCGCUGCCAGCUGGCGCCAUGCGGGUGAACCGAUUCGCGAGUGCGCUGCAGCAGAGGCCAGGCAUAGCAGGCACAGAGCAUGGGGCGGACAUGGUAGUCGACACCUCGCUGCAGCCGUUGGUGCCGGAGCUGGCGAUGAUGCUUGAGAGGAGUCAGCAGGCAGGCAGAAUCAAACUCCCCGGUGCCGCUGCACAUGGCACUCUCGGUGGCUUUAACUGGUUCAGAAGCUGA